UAAUCCCUAGCUACCUCGUUUCAUCUUCUUCCCCGGCAUCCGCUUCGCUUCUGUAGUUCUGUACCGAAAUUCAUCUAUAGCUAGGUGAUUUGCGUUGCGCAGCUGCUUCGUCAUCCCCGUCACGGCCGGCGUCGACGGCCACCGCCGUUAGCUGCUGCGACGACUGGCCCGGUGUCCAAGAGACCGGCUGGCGGCAGGACACCGCCGUGUGGUGAUCAAAUUAGAUGGAUUACGUUGCGGUUGCGACGCGAGCUCCAAGUCCGAUGAGCCGCAGGACUCGCCAUGCUCACCAGCUCCCGGCCGAUCCUCUACCUCCUCCUCCUCCUCCUCAGUUGCAGACAAGGACGACAGGCAUCGGCAACUUUCCCCACCCGCCUGCUUCUUCUGUGCAGAGUCACAGAAGGAUGGAUCUUGAGCACGAGUUGCAGACGAGGACGACAACAGGCAUCGGCAACGGCAACGGCAACGGCAACAGCAACAGCAACAGCGUGCAGAGUCACAGACGGAUGGAUCUUGAGCACGAGGUGGCGGAGCUGAAGCAGCAGCUGAGCAACGAGCAGACGGUGCACGACAUCCUCGAGCGCGCCCUGCACCCGACCUCGACCUCGGCGCGCUCCGUCGUCCUCAACAUCCCGGCCUUCAUCCCGUCCAAGGCCAAGGAGCUGCUCGCAGAGCUCGUGCUCGUCGAGGAGGAGAUCACGCGGCUCGAGUCCCAGAUCAGCACCAUGAAGGGAGGCCUGGCCGCCGCGCAGCACCAGCGGGCAUCGGCAAUGGGCACCGCCGCCUCCUAUUCAUGCCCGCCAAGCGUCUACACCAGCAACGGCAAUGUGGCAGGAGAUACGACAGGCAACCGCACGACGCCGCAUGCGCCGAUGCCAACAUCCGUGCUGACUCGCCAGCCGGCUGACCAGGUGGCGCCGGAGAUCAAGUCCAUGUUCUUCAUCAGCCAGGCCAUGAACGCCGAGUACCUCAAGCGCCAUAUAGCGGCCGACGACAAGCAGGCAAAGAGCCCCAAAGAUCACCAUAUCAGAGGAUCAGGAGCCGCCGCCGCAGUCAGCCCAAAGUUCAACAACGUCUUCGCCCUCCCGCCUAGAACCUCCCUUGACAAGCAGUCAGAUCGAGCAGCUGAAAAACCACCGAAAAACAUCCAAGAGCCCUCCCCGACGAUGCCAACAGCGAUAAAGAGAGACGAGCAGACCAAAAUCCAGCCAAACAAGCUGUCGGAGAGGAUCGUGAAAUGCCUGGCAGUCAUCUUCAUCAGGCUGCUCCGUUCGUCGCGGACGGCCGAGAUGGAGAAGUCCGGCAACCUCGCCAGGAACGCGCAGGGCAGCUUCAGGAUAGACGCCGCGCUCAACGUGGCAGCGGGCGCCGCCAAGGAGAAGGAAAGAGGGCAGCAGGACCACUACGGCAUCUUCGCGGUCCAGGACUCCAUCGUCAGAGACAUUGGCCCUUACAAGAACCUCGUCAGGUUCACCUCCAGCGCCUUCGACCUCAGAGGGUUCUCCAGCUCCCCUCUUCUCACCAAAUUGAGGGAGAUGUUGGAGGCCUUGCAGCAGGUGGAUUUAAGGUUUCUGACGCAUCAGCAGAAGCUCGCAUUCUGGCUCAACAUUUACAACACUUGUAUCAUGCACGGAAUUCUGCAGCAUGGUCUGCCCUCCAACUCUGAAAAAUUACUUGCACUGAAGAAUAAGGCAACAAUUAACGUUUCAGGGCAAAAGUUCAAUGCACUAGUGAUAGAGAACUUCAUCUUAAGGCAGCCAUCCAGCGUGAAAGAGGAACUAUGGAAAUGCGACAUUGAUGUUGAAGAACAACAUGUAAGGAGUCUGUAUGGAUUGAACAGUUCAGAGCCUAACAUUCUGUUCGCAUUAUGUUGCGGGAUCAGAUCAUCCCCAGCGCUACGGAUAUACAAGGCAGAACGCGUGAUGAUGGAUCUGGAGAAGGCGAAGUUGGACUACCUGCAGGCGUCUUUGGUGGUGACCUCGACAAGGAGGCUGAUGAUACCAAGCCUGAUACACUCCAACAUGCACGAUUUCGCGAAGGACAUGGAGUCGCUGCUCCGGUGGAUUUGCGACCAGCUCCCGACGUCUUGGUCGCUCAGGAAAUCCAUGCUGGACUGCUUGAGAGGGCAGCAGGGUCAUCUCAAGGUGGAUGACGUCGUGGAGGUGAUCCAGUAUGACUAUGAGUUUCAGUAUCUGCUGCCCAUGUGAGCAUAGGUCCUGGAUUUCUAAGUUUAGUGCUUACUACAGAAGUACAUAUCGGUCAGACGGUCACGUAUAUUCACGGUAAAUUGUAUUUUCAUGUAUAAGUUCUUUUUGGUGAAAGACUUCACUUUUGGAAAAUUUAGCCUAGUUGUCCCCGUGUAUUGUGCGAUGGAAUAGGUGUGUAUACACAAUAAAAAGAGGAGGUGAAUAUAGUUUUGAUCAUUUGAACCUGGUUAUUAAUUUUUAA